UUCCGCCAUAGAGAGCAAGGAGAGGGAGCGGAAGUAGAUCCGGAUUUCUCUUGCUGGCAGGGAGAAAUCAUGUUUCCCGAAAGCGGCUCCUUCGUAAAGGGCAUGUUGCUUGGAGGGAUUUGCUGCGUCCUGGUGACCCUUCUGGGACACAUUAGAACGGGCCACACUACUACGAAAUCUCACGACCACCGACACCUCCAAGCUCCCAAGAAAGAGGACAUCCUCAACCUCUCCAAAGAGAAGCGCUUGGAGCUGACCCAGAGCCUCCGGGUCUACUGCAUAAUCCUGGUCAAACCAAAGGAUCUGGGACACUGGGCCGCUGUGAAGGAAACCUGGAGCAAACACUGCGACAAAGCCGAAUUCUACAGCUCCGAGAACGUCAAAGUCUUCGACUCCAUCGUGCUGAACACGGACGACAUGUGGACAAUGAUGCGCCAGGCCUACAAAUACACCUACGAGAAUUACCGCGACGGCUACAACUGGUACUUCCUCGCCUACCCUACCACAUUCGCCAUCGUAGAAAACCUCAAGUACUUCCUGCUGAAGCAGGACGCCAGCCAGCCGUUCUACACGGGCCGGACCGAAUCCUCGGGCGACCUGCAGUACGUGAACGGAGCUGGCGGGAUCGUCCUAAGCGUGGAAUCCUUGCGGCGGCUCUACCGGAUUUUCCAAGACCCGGAUAAGUGCCCGGAACACGGAGGCAUGAUUUGGAAGCUUUCCGAAGAUAAACAGCUGGCCUUGUGCUUGAAGUACGCCGGGGUCCAUGCCGAAAACGCUGAAGAUGCGGGGAAGAAGGAUAUUUUCAACACCAAGUCGGUGGGCGCCCUCAUCAAGGAAGCCAUGGCGAACAGCCCGCAGGAGGUGGUGGAAGGCUGCUGCUCGGAUAUGGCCAUCACGUUCAGUGGCCUGUCGCCGAACCACAUGCAUGUCAUGAUGUACGGGGUCUACAGGCUCCGAGCGUACGGCCACACUUUCAACGAUGCCUUAACUUUCCUCCCUCCGCCAGACUCCGAUAACGACUGACGAGGGCCGCGGGGAAAGGCGGCCCCCGCCACACACGCCAUCAGGUGUAGUGUCCAUCAGCAAGCAGCAUGUAUUGAGGGCAAGUUCCAAAUCUGAACUUUAUUAGCCUUGGCAUCUGGUUUUGUAAUCUUUGCAAAAGGGGAGGGAGAAGGUUUCCCCGUUUUU